AUGAUUGAUAAUAAAAAUGAGGAAGAGGGUAAUUAAGUUAUUCUAACACAUCAAGGUGAUGUCUCAGAGGCUGAAGUUUCUUCACACAAGGGAUCUAUUGAAAGAGAUCGUGGUGGAAAAACUCGAUUAAGUAAAGAUCAUGCUCUUUUUUAGAUAUUUAUCUUGCCCAAUUUGAAAUAAGACUACCUUCACUAUCUUGGGGUUGAUAAUCCCUGGAAAUCAAGCAUUGAAAAGGAGCUCAAUUACAUGAACUCAUUGGUUAUCACAAUUGUGUUUUCUAUUGCUGCUUUACUCCUGUUUAUCUCGCUGGUUAAAACCAUAAUCACCAAUCCAGGUCAUAUACCUGAGGAUCGGGAAUGGGAUAUUUAUUCUGGCAAUUCUACUGAGGAAGAUGAAAAAGAUUAUUUGUGCCUGGAAAAAUUUGAAAACUCAUUUGAAAAGCAACCAAAACAAAUAAUACAGAAAGGAAAUUAUGAAAAAGGUUUAUAAAAAGAGAAUUCUAUAUUUAUCGGUGACAGAGAAAUCACUUAUCUGACUAACGAUGGAAUCAAAGAGGAUAUGUGCUAGCCAGUUGAGCCUUCUCAUUUUGAUCUUAAGUAUUUAUCAGGAUAUGAGGGUCCACUUUAUCAAGACAUUUUCCAUCUUGAUCUAGGUGAAAAUAGUGACGAUAAACAUUCUCUCCUAUAGAGAAGUAAUAAUAAAAAACUAUUUGCACAUUAUCAAUCAUUUGAAAGAAAGAAAUUUGGAGGGAUGAGAAUGUGCCAAAGCCAGAUCGAUGUCAUCAUUGUUCAUAAUGCAAUAAGUGUGUACUUAAAAUGGAUCAUCACUGCCCAUGGGUAGCCAACUGUAUCGGUUUUUACAAUUACAAAGCCUGAUUUGGAAAAUGAUGGCAUGAUCUUUGAUAUCAGAAAAGACUUAAGGAACUUAGUUAACAAAUAAUAGAUUUGA